AUGUGUGACGUAGAUCUAAGAAUAUGCCGCGUAAUUGUAGAAGAAAAUCGAAUCGUAGCGGGUCGUUGGAAGACUAUGAUUAAAGCACUGGAUGCUGUAAAAGGAAGAAAAGUUAAAGAAGUAUCCAAUAAGAGAAAGAAAACUUCUUAUAUUCUCGAGUCUGAGUCAUCUGAAGGAGAAGAAGAUACAGAAUGUCUAUUUUUCACGGAAACAUUUUCCAAGGAUAACAUGGGUGAAUUAUGGAUAAAAUGUUGUGAA